CAGUGACUGUUCCACUGUCUGCCUUUUGCCAUCUCUCUCCUCGUCUCCUUUCCCCUUCUUCUUCUACUUCGAUCACCUCUGCUGUAAAUUAACUCCUCCUCGAUCCAUGGCUCUCUCUUUGCUCAAGUAGUACAUGAUCAUUUGAUCCAGGAAGUAGUGGCUUACCUAGUCGUCUUCCAUUUGAUCAUUUACCUGUAGCUUAGUUCUCCAUAGCUUGCUAUCUUGCAAUGUUGCAAAGGAACCUCCCAAACCUCUCCCUGCGGAUAAGCCCGCCGGCCGUCCUCUCGGCGCCGUCUUCUGACACGUCCUCGGCGGUGAAGCCGCAGCAGCCAGAGCCAAACGCGGGGACACACGCAGAAGGAAGCGGGGAAGUAGGGUUCCUUGCAAACCCUAGCUUCGGCGCCGAUUCCCCAGGCCUGAGCCUGGGGCUCGGGACAUCUACGGUGCGCGCCGCCGACACCGGCCGCAACGACAACCUGCAGCCGCAGCAGGGAUGCGAAUUUAAGCGCGCUGCCGCCGGCAGCAAGGCGUCGCUGCCGGGCGGCGGUUCUAAGAGGAGCGUCCGGGCGCCGCGGAUGCGGUGGACCUCUGCCCUCCACGCGCGGUUCAUGCACGCCGUGCAGCUCCUCGGCGGCCACGAGAGAGCGACGCCGAAGUCGGUGCUGGAGCUGAUGAACGUCAAGGAUCUGACGCUGGCGCACGUCAAGAGCCACCUGCAGAUGUAUAGGACAGUGAAGGGCACAGACAGAUCGUCCCCCAACGCCACAGGCGAGGCGCAGCUGCAGCAGCAGAUGGUUGUGGACGCAGGAGGAAGAGGAUGUAAUGGUGGUGGUGGUGGUGGAGUGGUGGCGAUGCGGCCGCGUGACGUCGACAUGGCUGGGACGGCCUGCGGCGCGCCUGCUGCAGCCGCGGCAUCUGCGCCGCCUGCCGGGACGACUAGUUCCGCUGCCCACUUCCUCUAUGCGUCAGCAGCAGGAGGAGCUGCUCCACUGGUGCUGGUACCGUCGCCUCCUCCUCCACCUAUCCCCCCGAGGAGGGCUGACCAAGCACCAGUUGCAGUACCUGAAAGGGGCGUUGCGAUUGUUGACUCAUUGCAGCGGUGUCAGAAACUUAAUUACCCAGCAGUGCUUCAAGAUACUCAGGCAUCUAAAGUAGAGGUAGCAUGUCACCUGCCAAUUGGGGUACAUGGAAGCAGCGAGGCGAUCUCCACGAACUACUACUGCUCGAGCCCUGCAAGCUCAUCGCCAUCUCUAGCGAGUUUGGAGCUGCUUGCGGACGACACCUUUGCGCCGAACCUGGAGAUCUCGCUCGGGAGGCACGAUUGGGGCAUGGAGCACCCGGAAGAAUUGAGCCUGAAAUAUCUGUGACAAAAGGGUUUUUCUUUCUUCUUCCUUUUUUGGGGUUUCACUCAGCUAACCAUUGAUCAAUGGAUGUGACGAGACGACUAAAUAUCAGUGAUUUCAGUGAGCUUGGUGUUUGGCUUGAAACGGUGAAACCUGAA